GCCCUCAGCUGACCGGCCGCCAUUUUGUCGGUGCCGGAUCCCCAGCGUUGCCCGGAGCUGCGCCUGCGGCCGGGGUCUCCCGUGCCCGCUCGUUCGCCAGGGCAGCUCCGCCCGUGCCCUCCCGCUCCCCUCGGCAUGUGAGCGCCCCGGCACCGCUGCUCUCACCCGGCUCGAGCGGCACCAGCACCGCGGCGGCCCCCCCGGCCGGGCCCGGCCCCUCAGCCCGGCGCAGGCCCCGCCGCCGCCGCCGCCAUGGCGCUGAAGAUGGUGAAGGGCAGCAUCGACCGUAUGUUUGACAAGAACCUGCAGGACCUGGUGCGCGGGAUCCGCAAUCACAAGGAGGAUGAGGCAAAAUACAUCUCGCAGUGCAUCGAUGAGAUCAAGCAGGAGCUGAAGCAGGACAACAUCGCAGUGAAGGCAAAUGCAGUCUGCAAACUGACCUAUUUGCAGAUGCUGGGCUAUGACAUCAGUUGGGCUGCUUUCAACAUUAUUGAAGUUAUGAGUGCUUCCAAGUUCACGUUCAAGCGCAUUGGUUACCUGGCUGCCUCCCAGUGCUUUCAUGAAGGGACUGAUGUCAUUAUGUUGACAACUAAUCAGAUCCGAAAGGAUCUGAGUAGCCCUAACCAGUAUGAUACUGGAGUUGCACUGACUGGCUUGUCCUGUUUUGUUACUCCAGAUCUUGCCAGGGACUUGGCAAAUGACAUCAUGACAUUGAUGUCUCACACAAAGCCUUACAUCAGGAAGAAGGCAGUGUUAAUCAUGUACAAAGUUUUUUUGAAGUACCCAGAGUCCCUCCGUCCUGCAUUUCCUCGCCUUAAAGAGAAACUUGAAGACCCAGAUCCCGGUGUGCAGUCUGCUGCAGUAAAUGUUAUUUGUGAGCUGGCUCGACGCAAUCCCAAAAAUUACCUUUCCCUUGCUCCGCUCUUCUUCAAGUUGAUGACGUCGUCAACCAAUAAUUGGGUUCUCAUUAAAAUUAUAAAACUGUUUGGUGCUCUUACUCCCUUAGAACCAAGACUGGGAAAGAAACUGAUUGAGCCCCUGACCAACCUCAUCCACAGCACCUCAGCCAUGUCUCUCUUAUAUGAUGUGAACACAGUAAUAGCAGUUCUGAUCUCUCUGUCCUCGGGGAUGCCCAACCACAGCGCCAGUAUCCAGCUUUGUGUGCAGAAGUUGAGGAUAUUGAUAGAAGAUUCUGACCAGAACUUGAAGUACCUGGGACUGUUAGCUAUGUCCAAAAUCCUGAAAACACACCCCAAGUCAGUUCAGUCUCACAAGGAUCUCAUUCUCCAGUGUUUGGAUGACAAAGAUGAGUCCAUCCGGCUCAGAGCUUUAGAUCUCCUCUAUGGCAUGGUCUCCAAGAAGAACUUGAUGGAGAUUGUGAAGAAACUGAUGAUUCACGUGGAUAAAGCCGAAGGGACGACGUACCGAGACGAGCUGCUGACCAAGAUCAUAGACAUCUGCAGCCAGUCCAAUUACCAAUACAUCACCAACUUUGAAUGGUACAUCAGCAUCCUGGUGGAGCUGACGCGGCUGGAGGGCACGCGGCACGGGCACCUGAUCGCGGCGCAGAUGCUGGACGUGGCCAUCAGGGUGAAGGCCAUCCGCCGCUUCGCGGUGUCGCAGAUGGCCACGCUGCUGGACAACGCGCACCUGAUCGCCAGCAACGCCCAGCGCAACGGCAUCUGCGAGGUGCUGUACGCCGCCGCCUGGAUCUGCGGGGAGUUCUCCGAGUGA